AAAAAAAAUAAAAAAAGCUCCUGUAAGUGAAAACGCAGCAUCAACUAGGUCUGAUCGACAGUUUGACAGGGUACAGACAGAAACGGACGGAAGCUGCUUGAGCUGCAGUGGGUCCCUGCUGGACUUCAGGUGGAUCAGAGAUGCAGUCUGGAUCGGGUCCUCCAGAAUCUGGACUCAAGUCUGUCAGAAGAUGUCCUCGUCUGUCUCCUCAGGGCAGCGGUGGUCAAGGAAACAAGGAGAGUAGAGGAGGAAACAGUGUGCAGGAGGUGAAGAGGAGAGGAAGGAUGGAGAGGAGCAGAGAGGAGAAGCUGAGUGACAGACUGCAGACACUGGAUCUGUCAAGCAGGUCUGCAGCCACUGGGACGGGACUUGUUUACUCUGAGAUCUUCACUCAUCAUAAGAACCUGUGGGACCCCAGUCACCCAGAGUGUCCGGACAGGGUGACAGCCAUCAUGAAGGAGCUGGAGAGACAAGAGCUGCUGUCUCACUGUGUUCUAGUGGAGCCCAGAGAAGCUACAGAAGAAGAGCUGCUGCUUGUUCAUGCGAAACCUUAUGUGGAUCUGAUGAGGUCGACUCAGACGAUGACAGUCGAUGAACUCCGCACUCUGUCAGAGAAAUAUGACUCUGUUUACUUCCAUCCGGAGUCUUUCCAGGUGUGUAUGCUGGCCGUGGGCUCAGUCCUGCAGCUGGUCGACCAUGUGAUGACCUCUGAACUCAGGAAUGGAUUCGCUGUCACCAGGCCUCCAGGUCAUCACGCACAGCGCAACGAGUCCAAUGGCUUCUGUAUUUUCAACAAUGUGGCGAUCGCAGCGCGAUAUGCUCAGACCAGACACUCGGUCAGCAGGUCUGGUCAGAAGGUGUGUGUGGAGGAUUCAGGAGAACACAAGUCAGGAUUAGACUCACCUGGCAGCAGCUAUUUUUGCACUAAGCAGAGGUUGUGCUCACCUGUGUUGGUGUGUGUGUUCAGUCUGCAGUACAUUGAGCAGAUAAAGGCCACAACAGUGAUGAAGCCCAGAGAUCUGCACAAACUUGGAGAAGAGUUCAACUCCAUCUACAUUAACAAUCAGAGCUUCCAGUCUGCCCAGUUGGCAGCUGGAGCCUGCUUCAACGCUGUGGAGAGGAUACUUACCGGAGAGGUGAGUAAUGGCGUGGCGAUCGUUCGUCCUCCUGGUCACCACGCAGAGAGAGACUAUCCCUGUGGUUUCUGUUUUUUCAACACGGCAGCACUCACUGCCCGCCACGCACAGAAAAUCUCCCACAAUGUACAGCUGAGAGUCCUCAUCUUGGACUGGGACAUUCACCACGGCAACGGGACACAGCACAUGUUCGAGGAUGACAACAGCAUUCUGUACAUCUCCCUCCAUCGCUAUGACAACGGGGGGUUCUUCCCUCAUUCAGAGGACGCUGCCCCUAACCGUGUGGGCGUAGCCAAAGGGGCAGGGUUUAAUGUCAAUGUGGCAUGGAGCGGAGGACGGAUGGGUGACUCUGACUACCUCGCUGCAUUUCACCACAUCGUCAUGCCGAUUGCUACCGAGUUUAACCCUGGUCUGGUUCUGGUGUCGGCCGGGUUUGAUGCUGCUCGGGGGGAUCCUCUGGGUGGGUAUAAUGUGACCCCGGAGGGAUAUGCCCACCUCACACACCUGCUGAUGUCACUGGCUGGGGGGCGGGUCCUGCUCAUCCUGGAGGGAGGGUACAACUUGUCGUCCAUCUCUGACUCCAUGGCAAUGUGCACCAGCAUGUUGCUAGGAGACCCUCCUUCCUCCUUGGUGACUCCCUUCCCCCCUCCUCAUCAGAGUGCCGUGGCAACGAUCAACGAGGUCAUCCAACACCAUGCCCCCUACUGGAGAUCACUGAGGAUACAAAUCCCAGAGUCUGUGCGGACCUCCCUACCCUCCCCGAAGCUUCAUGGGAAUCGUAAUUCUAAAGGAAAAGGCAGAAAGUCAGAGCACAGCUGCAGAGACAAACCUCUGCUACCACUUAAAGGACUGGAAGACACAGUGGUAACACAGAAGACAGAGCGCAGUCUGGAGCAGCUCACUCAGGGAUUGGCCAGUUUGGACAUCAGUCAAACCUCAGCCAAUCAGGCUCCUGCUAUGUCCACUCCAGUGGGCGGGGCCAGGCCAAAGGUUCGUCUGAGCACUGAGAAGAUCACCUGGGAAGGUGAUGUGAAAGUGGAGUCUAGUGUAGCCGUACCUGAGCAGAGCCAGUCAGCGGACAGCAUGCUGCCUCAAGUGAGUCAGCAACAAAAACAUUUUUGUCUCAUCCAUGGAUUUUUGUUUUUAUGUAAAUAUAAUGUUGGCAUAAACAGUUACCAUGGUUGCAGGUGUUUUUCUCGUGUGCAACCUCUUGAUAACAGAAUUGUUGCUAUAGCAGCAUCAGAGGCGGUUGCCACUGAAGAUGAUGCUUCCGGUGGAACAAGGGCGGAGCCAGAGGCAGAGGGAGCAUGUGGUUGGUUGAAGCCAGUGACGUCUCUGGAGCUGGCGUGCAGAGGACAGACAGAUGGAUUCACCCAGUACCUGGUGGACCCUCUGUCCUGGUGUCCUCACCUGGAUGCCGUUAAGCCCGUCCCUCCUUCAGGUAUUGAUGUCUUCCUGCCAUGUCAGGACUGCGGCUCUGAUGCAGAGAACUGGAUCUGUCUCACCUGCUACCAGGUGUUCUGUGGACGGUACGUUAACGAACACAUGGUGACUCACGGGGCUGUGUCCGAACAUCCGCUUGUUCUCAGCUUUUCUGACCUGUCAGUGUGGUGUUAUCUGUGUGAAGCCUACAUACACAACCAGAUUGUGUUUGAAGCUAAAAACACUGCUCACUGUGCCAAGUUCGGAGAGGAGAUCCCUCCGUGGAGCUGAAGGACGAGAGGGACCUUGUACAAACCUGGGAGCUGAAUGUGUUUUUAAUUUGUUCUGUCUUCCUUCGGCUGUGUGUGAUUGGUCGGUUGGAUGUGUUGUCAUGGAUACCACCAGCAGCAGUGGUGCUUUCUGGGAUACUUAGUUGAAUCCAGCAGGGUCUACGGUGUCCAUCGCCUGCCAAAAAUACAACCCUGCGUUUUGGUGCUGAUCUUCAUCUUCAUCACCAUCAAAACUCAUCAGCAGGUUGUUGGUUCAGUUCCCUGAAAAUGGGACCAAUCACCAGCACACUUUGGAUUUAUUUUGAAAAGUCUGAGCAGGAACCUGAUGUCUAUUAGUCAAAUAGACACAUGACCAUAAAAACAGAAGAUGAAGAAAUUAAUUCUUGUGAAUCGUUCAGAUCAUUUUCUUGUAAUGUUUCUUUAGUGGAUGGCCGACAUUAAAAUCCUAGGAAAUUUUGAUCUGCUGCAAGUUCGUCUGCAUUUUGAGACUUGAGCACAAAACUAAAUGUGGAGUUUUCACUCCAGGAUUCAGUAAAAGUGAUCAUUUAAGGCCAAAGUGAGAAAAACCAGCAGCUUUACUUGUCUCGUGUGUGAUCAACACAUUUCUGUGUUCUUCACAUUGUUUCUGACAGAAACCUACUGCCUCUGUCUAUUUUACAGGUCCUGUAGUUUCCAGCUCAUUUCCAGGAAGCUUUGCUCAUUAGUCCCUAAAAAGCAGCUGCUAUUUAGCUGUUCAUCUCCAUGAAAAGCCAACAGAGAACCUGCUCCAUACACGUAGCAGGUAAAGCUGAAGGCUAGUUCAUCAUCUUCCUGGGAAACAAACACUGAAUUGUUGAUUUGAAAGAAAAAGAGCCACAUGGUGUCGCUUCAUUUUACAGGCUGAUCUGUGGUAAUGAACCAGAAAUACUGUUUGUGAGUAAAUCUGCACCAGUAACAUGGGGUGUGUUUGAUUUGUUGACCAUCAUCCAUUUGAAAUACACAACUAAAGAAUUCGUGCUGUAGCUGAAAACUGUGGU